CAAAAACGUCUGACGUGUUUACGUUUUACGUGGCGUGAGGACGUGAAAAAGCUACGCUAAAUCCGAUCUGACCGUUCAGACUGAAACGGAUUUCCAGAAAUGCGAUUUGAAUAGGAUUCCAAACCACAUACGAAUGUAGCUCGAAACGGAUUUGCAGAAAUCGGGUUUCAUGUAGUUCGUUGCCGUUCAGACUAUUUAAAUAUGAUCGGAUUUCAAUCGGAUUUGGGCCGACAGUCUGAAUCACGAUCGCUUUCAGAACAUAUUGAAAAGAACCGACUUAGGAGAAUGAUUCACUCUCUAGUUUUGUUUCCUAUAAACGAUUAUUUGAAAACUGGCGACAUAACCUUAACCUCUAACAGAGACGCUGCUAUCAAUAACAUGUCUUUAAUUUUUAUAUGAAAGUACUCCAUAACUCCCAUUACGUUUUCGGUUUACCUGCACUUGCUAUUGUUUGAAUGAGGUAAAUUCUUCUCCGUAGUUUACCGAUAGAUGGCAGUCUACUAAAACGGACUGGUUAACAGGCAGAAGAGGAAGAAUUUUGGCCCUCAUUCAUUGGUCACUGUAGAGGCGGCGGGUACUACAUGAAAGAAGUUAGGGACAGUCACUAACAUUUCUGUUAUGAGGUUAAAUCAGAAAACUGUUAUUUUCCGAACCGAAAACGUCUUUUGAAUCCCCUUCACUCUGAGGAGAAUGUAAAACAGAGGGAGUCUGAUAAUGGACGCGGCGCGGUGCAGUGUGGAGUAUAUAUCUGAGUUCAGUGACUGUCAGCCUCACUCAGUGCGCAUCAUUCAGGACGGCACGAGUCUUUUCUUGACCAGCGGAGACAGAGAUGUGCUCAUAUUCAAUAUCCAGGAGAGGAGAGUCACGACCGUGAUGCAGUUUGAUGCUUCAGUAAUGAAUUUGGCAUUAAGUGACGAUACACAUCGACUUUAUGCACUUUGCGCCAACGGUGGGCUUUACUGCGCUCCUUUACCACCACAGCUCAGUUCUUCCUCUGUCUUGGUGAACAAGAGUACUGACAGUGUGCUGUAUACUGUACAAGAUGAUUCCAUUGUCCUGAAAAAUGCCAGUCUGCAAGUGUUCACCAUAGUCAAGAAGAUCCUUGUGACUCUUAGCCUUCACAACUCUGUCUGGAGUUUUGAUCUCUACGAAGAGCCUGAAUCCAGACCCCUUCAUAAACUUGCAAGUUUCCAGGUUGUAACUCUUAACACAUGUUGUUUAAACAUAACAGAGAAAGAUAAAAGCAUGAGUUCACCUCCAGUACUGACUUGCAUCUACCCUGAAGGCUCCACAUCAGUCAGCACUCACCAGUCUGACCUUCAUUCUCAGCUUGAGCCCCGUCUUUUCAGGCUCUUAUUUGGAGUGGACGCCUCUUUAGUCAAUUCUCCAGUCAUUCUGUGUGGUUUACCUGAUGGACGUAUUUGCUGCUUUCCUUUGCUCGUUCCCACCCUUGCUGGUCCUAGAGGAGAACAGAGAUCUCCGGUCAGAGUCCUUCAGAGCUUAGAGCAGCCAGUCGUAUUUAUUGGAACCUGCAUCUCUGGAGAACAUGGACCUCAGUGUCUUGUUGCAGUUGGUCAAAGAGGCAAACUUCUAAUGGUCAGAAGCAAACAAGCAAGCUUGGAAGGAAAAAAGGCAGAUUAUAGCUUCAAUGAACAUAGUGUACGAGGUCCAGUGCUGUGUGCCUGUGUUGCUGAUAAGUGGCUGUACUACAGUUCUCUCAACGAUCUGCAUGCUCUUCAGCUCACCACAGCAUCAUCUUCAUCAGAAACAACAGGAUCUGAGUCUCAACUGCAAGCUCUGACCUCAGACAGUCUUGGUGUAUGCAGGGUUAUAGCACUUGUUGGGCCAUAUACUAACUCCGCAGGAUCUAAGAAGUUUUUCGCAGUAUCUUUGAGUGGAAGACUUCUUUUUGUGAACCUUCCUCAAGGAUCUGAAAACGGAAAUGUUCCCAGGUUGCCCUCAUCUCUGGCAGGCCAGAGAGUGAAGGACCUCCUGGCUUCCAUCGCAAACAUUUGGGAGAGGGCAGAAUCCUUGAAACACAAGCUUCAGGAGAAAAAUGAGUCUCUCAAACGUCUUAAUCAAGUCAUAAACGUUUGCAGCCUACUUUUGGACAACCACGGGAAUGAAACGGUGUGUAAUGUGGGCACCAAACUUCCAAUCAGCUGUAUUGGUGUAGCUAGAUGGAGCUCAUUGCUCCAAAGAGACUCGUUGACUCUGACAUGUGUACUUGAAAAUUCAAGUGAAUGUACAUUGGAACAUGGCUGGACUUUGUGCAUUCAGGUCCACCCAUUAUCCAAGGGUCCAAAUAUGGAGGGCUCAUCGAGGACAUACUCAUUCCCAUUCAAGAAACUGGAUUCUGGUCAGAAACUGGAUGUAACCAUUCCUCUUGAAAGCACUGGUGGGCUGUCUCUGCCAGUGAAAGUCUACUGUUCUCUCGUCUUCUCCCUUUCUGCUCUGUUUAGUCCUGAAGCAUCUUCUCCUGGUGUUUCUCAGCUCCUGACAGAGAUGGGCUCCAUCAGUGCACCUUUGAGUACUUUAACAGUGGACUGGCUUGAUGCUUUAAGGCUAGAGGAUUGUAACAUCAGACACAAUACUGUCACGGAUGGCAUCCAAGCCUUCCUGCAUUCCAGAGGAGUGUUAACCAAGGAUUCUGAUGCUACUACCAAGUCAGGACCCAUCACAGUGAUGGUCAGGGUAUCAUCAGAGCUUCUAAAGGCCAAACUGCACCUCUCAGCAACCAGCAGUCCAGAAACAUGCGUGUCUGUGCUAAACUGGCUGGUCUCACCUGAGGCCAUAGGACAACCGUCAGUACAAAGUCCAGUGAUUUGUGCCUACAGCCCAGAUCGAUGCUCUGUCAAGAUUCUGGUCAAAGAGGUAACACUGGGAGAUUUCUGUUCUGAUGGACCUCUCGAAGUCUUGGAGAUUCAGGUGGAAAGUACAUCUGUGGCAGCGGUGUGUGGACUGCAUCAUGCCAUUCUAAGGCGCCUUCAGGUCUUGCUCAGAGACUCGGUUGUGAAAUGUGGUCAUACAAAACAGUUAAAGGCACAGAGCUUGUUUGAAGCCAUACGGCAUGUUGAGUCUCUCUUUAAAGACCUUCAGGAUGCUCAGAAUCAAGCAGCUCUUGGUGGCACAAUGAAGAUGAAUAAGAACUCCGAGGUCCUGUUCCGCAUUUUUCUGCAGCUGAGGGCAAAUCCACUGGUCAUUCUCUGAUUGAAGUACACCAUCAGAAGCUUUUAUUAAUUAAUUUUUUUUUUUUAAUACAGUAGAGGUUGUUAUUUAUGGAAGCCUAUUUCCUCCACUGAAUAAUAAAAUUAAAAAGGGUAACUGUGACUUUAUCUCACAAUUGACUUUUUUUUUCUCUCAAUUGCGAGUUUACAUCUCGUAAUUCGGACUUUUUUUCCUCACAAUUUCAUGAUAUAAACUUUUAGAAUUGUGAGAUAUAAACUCGCAACUGCGAGUUAUAAAGUCCAGUUCUGAGGAGGAAAAAAGGCUUAUAUGUUCUCGCAAUUGCGAGUUAUAAUGUCAGAAUUGUGAGAUAUAACUCGCAAUUCUGAGAACAUAUCAGUCUUUUUUCCUCCUCAGAACUGGACUUUAUAACUCGCAGUUGCGAGUUUAUAUCUCACAAUUCUAAGAAAAAUGGCAGAAUUGUGAGAUGAAAAAGUCGCAAUUACGGAAAUGGGCUUCCAUAGUUAUUCCAUACUUGUUUUACUUUUAGGAAACAAAUCCCUUGCUUUCCUUUUUGUGUGUCCCAUUGAUCAUAAUUUAUUCCGUAAGCAAUGAAACACUAUAUACAAACAGAGGUAUGGAGAAAAAUACAGAGAAAGAAAAAAACAUUUAAAAAACCUUCUAGAAUGUGUUGUUAAAUCUACAUGAAAGGCAGUCUGUGAGAGUGUACUAAAGUCUCUGUAAAAUGUAAAAUACAUCAAAAUAUCUGA